UACAUUCUGAAGAGGAUGAUUUUGUUCCAGAAUUACAUAGAAACGUACACCCUAGAGAGCGGCCUGAUUGGGAAGAAACACUUAGUGCAAUGGCAAGAGGAGCAGACGUUCCAGAGAUUCCUGGAGACCUUACACUUAAGACAUGUGGCAGUACAGCAAGUAUGAAGGUUAAGCAUGUGAAAAAACCCACCAAUCCAGGACUGAUGGGCUGUGACAACAUUCACAGGUUACCCUUCACUAAAGGUCACUUUCCGAAGAUGGCUGAAUGUGCACAUUUCCAUUAUGAGAACGUCGAGUUUGGCAGCAUACAGCUUUCACUUUCAGAAGAGCAGAUUGAUGUAACAAAAAAUGGCUGUGAAUCUAAAGAGCUGGUCUACCUCGUGCACAUUGCUUGUCAGGGCAAAAGUUGGAUUGUUAAAAGAAGUUAUGAAGAUUUUCGGGUACUUGAUAAACACCUUCAUCUGUGUAUUUAUGACCGACGAUUCUCUCAACUCUCAGAGCUUCCCCGUUCUGAUGCCCUGAAGGACGGUCCAGAGUCGGUCACUCAGAUGCUUAUGGCUUACCUGUCCCGCCUUUCAGUUAUUGCUGGCAACAAGAUCAAUUGUGGACCUGCCCUCACUUGGAUGGAGAUUGAUAAUAAGGGAAAUCACCUUCUAGUCCAUGAGGAGUCAUCCAUUAACACUCCUGCCGUUGGUGCUGCCCAUGUUAUUAAGAGGUACACUGCUCGGGCUCCUGAUGAAUUGACCUUAGAGGUGGGAGACAUUGUUUCUGUUAUUGACAUGCCCCCUAAAGUGUUGAGCACCUGGUGGAGAGGCAAGCAUGGAUUUCAGGUGGGACUCUUUCCUGGACAUUGUGUUGAGUUAAUUAACCAGAAAGUUCCCCAGUCAGUGACCAACUCAGUGCCAAAACCAGUGUCUAAAAAGCACGGCAAGCUCAUUACUUUCUUACGCACAUUCAUGAAGUCUCGUCCAACGAAGCAGAAGCUGAAACAGCGAGGGAUCUUGAAAGAGAGGGUGUUUGGUUGUGACCUGGGGGAGCACCUUCUGAAUUCUGGUUUUGACGUACCUCAGGUUCUUCAAAGCUGUACAGCAUUCAUUGAGAGAUAUGGCAUCGUGGAUGGGAUUUAUCGUCUCUCUGGCGUUGCCUCCAAUAUCCAGAGACUACGCCAUGAAUUUGACUCAGAACAUGUUCCCGACCUGACAAAAGAACCAUAUGUUCAAGACAUCCAUUCUGUAGGUUCCCUCUGUAAGCUGUAUUUCCGAGAACUCCCAAAUCCUCUGCUCACUUACCAGCUUUAUGAAAAAUUUUCUGAAGCUGUUUCAGCAGCCACAGAUGAAGAAAGGCUGAUAAAAAUCCACGAUGUCAUCCAGCAGCUCCCCCCUCCACACUACAGAACACUGGAGUUCCUAAUGAGACACUUGUCUCUUCUGGCUGACUAUUGUUCCAUCACAAAUAUGCAUGCAAAAAACCUAGCAAUUGUUUGGGCUCCAAACUUGCUAAGAUCAAAACAGAUAGAAUCUGCCUGCUUCAGUGGCACAGCAGCUUUCAUGGAAGUGAGAAUUCAGUCUGUGGUUGUUGAAUUCAUCCUCAAUCAUGUAGAUGUCCUCUUCAGUACAAAAAUCAGUGCCGUCAUUCAGGAAGGAGCAGUUUCUCUAGCAAGACCCAAGUCCCUGCUGGUUCCCUCUCCAUCUGCGAAGCUGCUGACAUUGGAGGAAGCCCAGGCACGAACACAAGCUCAGGUCAAUUCUCCACUCAUGACUGAAAAUAAAUACAUAGAAGUAGGAGAAGGACCUGCUGCACUUCAGGGAAAAUUUCAUACCAUAAUUGAGUUCCCACUUGAAAGGAGGAGGCCUCAAAAUAAAAUGAAGAAAUCUCCUGUGGGCAGCUGGCGUUCCUUUUUCAACCUGGGGAAAUCAUCGUCUGUUUCUAAACGGAAGUUGCAGCGUAAUGAAAGUGAACCCUCAGAGAUGAAAGCCAUGGCUCUGAAAGGUGGCAGGGCAGAAGGAACCCUCCGCUCAGCUAAAAGUGAAGAGUCUCUUACUUCUCUCCAUGCAGUUGAUGGUGAUUCCAAGCUGUUCCGACCCAGAAGACCCAGAUCUAGCAGUGAUGCUUUGAGUGCCUCUUUUAAUGGAGAAAUGUUGGGGAACCGCUGUAAUUCCUAUGAUAAUCUGCCCCAUGACAAUGAAAGUGAGGAGGAAGUAGGGCUGCUACAUAUUCCAGCUCUGAUGUCUCCUCAUGCAGCUGAGGAUGUGGAUUUGAGCCCACCAGAUAUUGGAGUAGCCAGCCUGGAUUUUGAUCCCAUGUCAUUUCAGUGUAGUCCUCCUAAGGCCGAAUCAGAAUGUCUGGAGAGUGGUGCUUCCUUUUUAGAUUCCUUAGGCUACUCCAAGGAUAAAACAAGUACUAGUAUAAAGGAUACAGAAGCAAGUGGUACCCAGUCUCAGACUCCAGGAAGCACUGCAAGUUCUGAACCCGUCUCUCCUCUUCAGGAGAAGUUGAGUCCGUUCUUUACCCUGGACUUGAGCCCAAAUGAAGAGAAAUCAUCUAAGCCAGCCUCGUUCACUGAAAAGGUUGUCUAUGCUUUCUCUCCAAAGAUUGGACGUAAAUUAAGCAAAUCACCUUCUAUGAACAUCUCCGAGCCAAUUUCAGUGACCCUUCCCACAAGGGUAUCAGAAGUCAUUGGAACAAUUUCAAACACAGCAGCUCAGAACCCACCUUCUCCAACCUGGAACAAAAGUGUGGAAGAAAGUGAUGUCACAAAUAGAUCUCCUACCCAAGUAGUGAAGACAAUAAAUGAGAGCGAGACCCAAGCAGAAUGUGAGUCUGAAGUCCAGCCCCUGGGCCAGGCGGCUGCUGUAGAAGUAGAGUCGCCAGGGAAGGAGGAGCAGGCCGUCUCCAGCAGUCAGAGUAAGGCUAUACCUUCUGGACAGACUCAGACAGGAGCAGUUACCCAUGACCCCCCUCAGGAUUCCGUUCCUGUCAGUUCAGUCUCUCUUAUCCCACCACCACCGCCUCCGAAAAAUGUUGCCCGCCUACUGGCUCUAGCAUUAGCUGAGUCUGCGCAGCAAGCCUCAACUCAGUCACUGAAGAGACCAGGGACUUCCCAGGCUGCUUAUACAAACUAUGGGGACAUAGCAGUGACUACAGUUGAAGACAAACUGCCUUGUUCCUACGCUAGUGUUACUCUAGAUAGAGCUUGUUUCCAAACUGAUAGGCCGGCCGUGACACUGCACCCCCAGAACACUGCAUCUGGGAGCUGUGACCAGCCUGUGCCAGAUGCAGCGGCUGUGGAUGAUCACACCAAUCCCAAAGCAAUCGAAUCUGGGGAGCAACUCCACCACGCAGACCUACCGGGGACUCAGCCACAUCGACCCUGCUUAUCCAGAGACCCAGAAAGAGCCAGAAUCACUUCAGUUCCCUUAAUAGAUGCUAAGUCCGAUGAUCACAUAAGUUUCCCUGAAGACCAGCCAGGGAGGACCAGUAUGCCAGUAGUCUCCUUUGCAGAUCAGGACCAGUGUCACCUUCAUUUCUGCAGUGGAGAGCAGCUGCCUUCGUACCUUGGUGCGAAUGUGGAAAAGUCCCAGCACCCUUCAGAACUUGUAGACAAAUCUCUCCCACCUUCGAAUUUGCCCCGAGACAAAAUCUACCCUCCUUCUGUGUCCCCUGAAGAGAAUACCAGCACAGCCACCACGGUUUACAUGACAGCUGCCCCAGGAGCAGCUGAAAUAAGCGUCAGGGAAGCCAACUGGGACAUGGUGGAACAUUCCACCUCAGUGGACUUUGCUGCUGCCACCCUUCAGCGCACUCAUAGAACUAAUCGGCCCCUUCCCCAGCCUCCUUCCCAGAGAUCAGCAGAGCAGCUACAGGUCAUGGGGCAGGUACAAGCAGCAAGCAAUAUAGACUUAACUAAUUCCCACAAGCAGGUUCAGGCAGGAGCCCCAGCUCCAGAGAGGCCACCUGAACCAAGAGCCACGCACGACCCUGCGGCUGUCCUUGUCAGUGAUGGCAGUUCGGCCACUCCGUGUCCAAUCUCUGCUCCUGCUGCCCAGCCAGGCCUUCCUGAGAAGGUUCGGGAAGGUGCCAGGGGCCCCCCGCUGCACCUGCGUGUGGAGUCAGUCCCUGUGUACUCUUCCUGUGGCUUCACCGCGCCAGUGCCCCCUACCAGGACAAUGGAGAGUAAAAUUGCUGCUGCCAUACACUCCAACAGUGCAGACGCCGCCGGCAGUUCCCUUUUCCAUCCCUUUGUCACUGCUUCCUCAGCCUCGGUGGAUGAUGUCUUGCCUUUACCUCUUCCUAUCCCACAGCCGAAGCAUGCGUCUCAAAAAACAACCUAUUCUACCUUUGUUAGGCCUGAUUUCACCACUGAGCCCUUUGGUCCAGAAAACUGUUUGCAUUUCAGUAUGACUCCAAACUGCCAGUACCGUCCCCAGAGCGUACCUCCACAUCACAAUAAGUUGGAGCAACACCAGGUGUAUGGUUCCAGGUCUGAGCCACCAGCCUCCAUGGGUCCUCGCUAUAACACAUACGUGGCCCCGGGAAGAAAUGUAUCUGGGCACCUCUCCAAGCCAUGCAGCCGGGUGGAGUAUGUGUCCUCGCUGAGCUCCUCUGUUAGGAGCGCUUGUUACCCUGAAGAUAUCCCACCGUACCCCACCAUCCGGAGGGUGCAGUCUCUCCACGCUCCUCCAUCUUCCAUGAUUCGCUCAGUUCCCAUUUCACGGACAGAAGUGCCCCCAGAUGAUGAACCAGCCUAUUGCCCGAGGCCCCUGUACCAGUAUAAGCCAUAUCAGUCCUCCCAGGCCCGCUCAGAUUAUCACGUAACCCAGCUUCAGCCUUACUUCGAGAAUGGUCGGGUCCACUACCGGUAUAGCCCAUACUCCAGUUCUUCUGGCUCCUAUUACAGUCCGGAUGGAGCCCUGUGUGACGUGGAUGCCUACAGCACAGUACAACUAAGGCCCCUUCAUCGCCUGCCCAAUCGUGAUUUUGCUUUCUACAAUCCAAGGCUGCAAGGGAAGAACUUGUACAGUUACACUGGCUUACCUCCACGUCCUCGGGCCAACAUGACUGGGUAUUUCUCUGGUAAUGACCAUAAUGUACUCAACAUGCCUCCAACUGCUGACGUCAAGCACACUUACGCCUCAUGGGAUCUGGAGGACAUGGAAAAGUACCGCAUGCAGUCCAUCCGGAGAGAGAGCCGUGCUCGGCAGAAGGUGAAAGGGCCAGUGAUGUCUCAGUAUGAUAACAUGACCCCAGCUGUGCAGGAAGACUUGGGUGGGAUCUAUGUCAUCCACCUACGUAGUAAAUCAGAUCCUGGGAAAACUGGACUCCUGUCAGUGGCAGAGGGCAAGGAGGGGCGGCACCCAGGCAAAGCCAUCAGCCCCGAGGGAGAUGACCGCUUCUAUAGGAAGCAUCCAGAGCCAGAGUUUGAUAGAGCCCACCACCACGGGGGAUAUGGCAAUGGACAGCCAGAAAAACCGUCCCUCCCUCAGAAGCAAAGCAGCCUCAGGAACAGGAAGCUUCUUGACAUGGGUUGUAGUCUCCCUGAACACAGGGCACAUCAGGAAGCAAGCCAUAGGCAGCUGUGUGAGUCAAAAAAUGGGCCACCUUACCCCCAGGGAGCUGGCCCAUUUGAUUAUGGGCCCAAAGGGAUUCCGGACACUUCUGAACCAGUCAGCUACCAUAACUCUGGAGGGAAAUAUGUCACAUCAGGGCAGGAGUCUUUAAGACUGAACCACAAAGAGGCACGGCUCUCCAAAGAGCUGGAAAGGCCUCGGGCUAGGCAGCCUCCUGCCCCAGAGAAGCACUCCAGAGACUGCUACAAGGAAGAGGAACACCUUACUCAGUCAAUAGUCCCACCCCCUAAACCAGAGAGGAGUCACAGCCUGAAACUCCAUCACCCCCAGAACGUAGAGAGAGACCCCAGUGUGCUGUACCAGUACCAAACACAUGGCAAGCGUCAGAGCGGUGUGACUGUCGUGUCCCAGUACGACAACCUGGAGGGGUACCACUCCCCGCCGCAGCACCAGCACCAGCGGGGAGGCUUUGGAGCAGCGCCAGUGGGGACAUAUGUGCCCUCUGGCUUUCCCCACCCACAGAACAGGACAUAUGCCACAGCUUUGGGCCAGGGGGCCUUCCUGCCCACAGAGUUGGCCUUGCAGCACCCUGACACACAGAUCCAUGCAGAAUGAGCCCUGGGAGCAAUAGAGUUGAAGCAGCCUCUGCUGGACAGUGGACUGUUCUAUUUUUUUCAAUAACCAAAAAGAUUAAAAAAAAAAAAAACUACAAAACCCCUGACCACAUUUAAAAAAUGAAGAAAAAUAAAUCACCACUCUUUUCCUCCCUCCCCUGCUUCAUUAACACCUCCUUCAUCUAUAGACUGUGUCAUUUUUGUCAUUAAAAGAGAUCUGAAUGAUGGUAAAGCACUGUGUUGAAAACCUAGUGAAGAAAUUUGUCACAGGCCAUACUUGCCACAUAGGGUCAGUUUGUAAGAGCUUGAGGACGCCUUUAACUGAAUUUGAAUUUAACUCUGUCCCUGGUGUGUGCAGUCCAGUUCAGAGCAGUUUGCAGCUGUUCCUGGCAGGCUUCUGCACUUUUCUUGUGUUCCCGUUUCCUUCCGUGGCCAAGCAGCCUGCCCAGAUUGACACUCAGUUUUCUCACUUCAUUCCCCGUCUUUGAAGGGUCUCGUGUGUGAACUCUGAACCAAACAGCUUCUCCUUGAUCCUUCAGAUAAAUCUUUAGCAAUGUUAUAAAAUCAUUAAGCCCUUACACUUUUAAUAAAAAGUCAUCAUAAAAUGUCAGACCAUGUAGAUCCAGACUGAACCAUACCCUUUAUGUUAUGUUCCUGCUUACUCCUCAGUGAACAAGGCUCACGUCUCUGCAGAAAGGAGUUGUUAAGGUUAGAAUUAAGGACAUUUCUUAGGUGGAAGUCGGUGAAAUGGUUAUUAGUGCUCCUAAUGUGUCACCUGCCUUCAGUUAAUUUUUUUCUCAAUAUUAUGUGGUAGUUUGUAAUCCCAGCAAACAUUUCAUAGCAUAUGUUCUUCAGAAGCAACUUUUUUCCCACUAGAAAAAAAAAAAGCUUAAAUAGCAACAAAACCCGGCAUGAUUUGACUAGAUAAUUAUACAGUUUAUCAUGGUUACAAAUUUACAUGUUCGUUUCUUUUUGUGAACCAGUAGAGGUUUCCUGGAAAUUCUCAUGGUAGCUAUAAAUUGUGUAUUAGUAAAGUAAAAUUCCUACAGGAACACUAAACAAAUACAACCAUUUCACAGGUUGGAAUUCUGGCACUCACCAGAGUGCCAGAGGAGUCCCCGUGCUGGUUGUUCACACUGUGCUCUCUGAUCACAGUCACACUGUCGUUGUCGUCUCUGCCAGCACUUGUAUAGCUUUUAUAACUGUAGACAUGUUAAACAUGUUUGAUCCCCAAGACUUUCUUUUGAAAGUUGUAUUCCUGAUAAGUCCAUUCCAUUUUUCCAGCCCCCCUCUUCCUGCUGAGGCAGUCCUGUAUUUACAAAAUGAGUUUUGGUUGUCAUUUCGUUCCAUAACUCUGAAUUGUACUUGAGCUUCAGACAUUCACAGGUUUUCAAUACUCAGUUUGUAGAAGACAUUAGGGGAAAUUUCAUUCCGUAUAUUGAAUGACUGCUGCUCUGGCUUUUUAGAACUUGGAAUUUUAUUUAGAGCAAAGGGGGAAAUCUAUGAGACUAAGCUCAUGCUGCUAUUAUUGCUGUGAAAUUGUGUAAGCAUUAGGGCUUAUGCCAGUUUUUAAAAAAAUUAAAGCGUGCAUUUUUAAGGUUUAUAUUUAGAAAAAAUUACAUCUUGCCACGUUUAUGUGUAUGCAGAAGUCUAUAGGUUUUCUUUUGUAACCCCAGAAUUAGCAGAGGGAUUCAAUAAAAAUCAUUGCAGACAUCUUGAAAUACAGAUAUGGGAAAGGUCUGGGCAUUUAUAGACCUUUCCACUGAGCUGCAACUGGCAUCAUCCCGUCACAACAGGAACCCUGAUAGGCUGCGGCUCACGGCACGCUAGGUGCUGUGAUGGGGGUUUGAUCUGUGGUGACUGCGGCAUGAAUUUUCUUUUUUUUAACAAUGACCAUCUCUGUUCAGUAGGCAGCCCAUUGCCCCUUUGAGAUCACACAACCCUCGCAGUUUCUCACCAGCAGCAGAGAGAUUAGGAGUAGUUGCUGGUGUGACAUGGAGCUGCUGCUGGCUUAACUGAGCCCAGAAGCUUGUGGGUGAGAAAGUCCUGUCCAAUUUUAGUGUUUGUGGAUUUGUCAUCAUUUUGAUUAGUCCUGGAAUCAAAAUCUAUUUUAUGAAUACUAAGCUAAGUUCCUCCGCCUAAGUUAGUAUCCUGUGGGCUUGGAAUUAUCAGGUAAAUAUUUUGAACACAGAAUAAUUCAAAUGACAGGUGUUCGUGUGAAACACAAACUUUAGGUAAAAGCUAGAGUUGUUUCGUUUAACCUACAUAGAUACGGCCUUAACUUGGAUUCAGUUAUUUGAAGGACUUUGCCUGUAUCUUCUCCUUUCUAAUUCUCGUAGGGUAGAAAUUGGAUGGUAAAUCACUGUGAGCCAGGUUACCUCAGCAUCGUCCACCUUGUGGUGACUUCACAAGAGCAAGCAAAUGUUCUCUCUUGGAAAUGUUGACGUGGAGCAUUCUGAUCAAGGAAACGGAGCCGCCUUACGCAUUAAGCCUACCACUUAAUUUUACUGGUAUUUUCAUAUCAUUUUCCAGAUUUUAUCUUUUUGAUAAAACAUUGAUGCCACCGUUAGGCUUGAUUGAAAUAAAAAUCCCUUGGAGUCUGGCCAGAGACUUUGCUAACAGCCCCAGAGGUGCCAUUUUCUUAUUAAUAAACUUCAUCUGAGCCUUAUUGCUUACUGUACUAGGUUUCCUUUUAAACAUGCAGGUCCCUGGGGUGGUCCCAAGGAUAGGGCCUGAACAUAGAUAAUGACAAAGCAUUUUUGCAAAGUUAGGGUCAGGUUGAAAAAUUGUAGGACUAACUGUAGAGAAGAGGGACCAUUCAUGUGAGAAGGCAUGGAAAGGUAGGUUACCACACUUGAAGCAGCAAUACAUGCAUACUAUGUAAACUUGAAACUUUUCAGAGAAGCCUGCAAAACCCAUAUUUCUGUUCCCAGCUCUGCCAAUCAAACAUUUUCAGUCUGCUUCAAAGUUUCGUCUGAACAGAAUGUGUAAGGAAAUAAGAAUGGAAGCAAAAGUGUGUCAGAAAGUUACUUCCAAAUGGUUAGAGGCAUGUGAUUUUCAGUACUGUGUGUUACGGAAAUGUCAGGAAUGGUAUAUUUUAACUGCAAGAUAAUGUCAGUGUGCACAGAGGGUCUUCUUUUCCUUUUCUGAUUAGUACUGUUAGUGUUCAAAGACUAAAAGAUGGUGGUUUUACAGUUUAGAAUCCAAGGUAACAAACCUGAUUUUUCAACCAUGACCUGCAUGAGAGAAGCAUCCUAGAAAGUCUUAGAUCAUAUUUUUGAGUUCUUAACUUUAAUUUAUAUAGUGUUUUUUAUGUUUUAAUAUUUUCGUGAACUGGUGUAAAUUGUUAAUGCAUAUAAGCUUGUGUAUUUUUGUAAAUAGUUUUGUGAUUUAUUUCUUGACCCGUAUGUAAAUACUUAGAGUCUCAUUUCUUCAAAACUUAUUUGAAGUUGAGUUGUGGGUUUGGGGUUUUGUUUCUUUGUUUUGAUUGGGGGUGGGGGAAGAGAGGGGUUUUUGUACUCUGCUAAUCCAGAUAACGCUAUCUUGUGGUUUAAAGCAAAUGUCCCACUGGAAGCAAUUCAGAUAUCAACAAAAUUAUUUCAGGUUAAAACAGACUUCUUUGUGUAUGUGUUUCCUUUUUAACCUAACGUGAACUAUAACAAAACAAAUGGGAUACUUGAUUGGGGAUAUCCAGACCAAAAGGUGAAUAGUUAAUUCAACAUGCUGCAUCAAAUGAGAGGUUUUGUGAACGAAGGGGUUUAAUGUUUAUAGUAACUGUACAGUAAAGUACUGCCUGGCCCAGUUUUCAAACAUUACUUAGUCUUCAGAACUGCCAUGGGCUAUUGAUCUGGACAAAGUCUAAGUUGGCUGUAGGGAAUCUCUGCUCUGCACUAUCUCCUAGCUUGCAAUUCACAGGAAACUGAAUUUUAAUUGGCUUUGUAUCUCAGGAUUCCCCAGAAGGGGGUUCAAGUAACAGGUAUA